UCCUUUUAUUUAUACUUUUUAAUUGUUAAACCUUAGGACCCAUGUGGGUUUGGUUGGUUUGUUGCUGAUAAGAACAACUGAGGAGGAAGAAUCUGUAUCUGUUGAAGAACCUCUCAUGCAACCCCUUUCACCUCUAACACCACCAUAGUUUUUCCCCCCCUUCUUUUUUUGUUUUGUUGCAGAGUGAUAGUUGGAUCUUAAGUAGACUACAGAAGAAAUGACUAAAGAUGAAGACUUUAAGCUCCUCAAGAUCCAGACUUGUGUUCUCAAAGUGAAUAUACAUUGUGACGGAUGUAGGCAAAAAGUGAAGAAACUCCUCCAGAGAAUCGAAGGUGUUUUCACAGUAAACAUAGAUGCAGAGCAACAAAAGGUCACAGUGUCAGGAACUGUAGAUCCUGCAACUUUGAUUAAGAAGCUGGUCAGAGCUGGUAAACAUGCAGAGAUUUGGUCUGCGAAAUCCAACCAGAACCAGAAACAGCAACAAACAAAUUGCAUCAAAGAUGAUAAGAAUGGCAAAGAGCAAAAGCAGGGUCUGAUGAAGGGUCUCAAGGCCUUCACAAACCAGCAUAAGUACCCAACAUUUAGUUCUGAAGAGGAUGAAUUCGACUAUGAUGAUGAUGACGAAGAUGAUUUUGAAGAAGGGUUACGUUUGCUCCAAGAGAAAGCUAACCAUCUGGGUUUGCUUGGACACCCAGCCAAUAUGGUGGCUAAUGCAAAGAAAAAUGGUGCAGGUCCCCAAAACAGUGGUAAAAUGAACAAUGGAGCAAAUGGGCAAGUUGGAAAGAAAGGCAGUGGUGGCAAUGGCGGAGGAAAUCCUAACCAGAAUAUGGGUAUGAAGGGUGGGAUGGAUCAGAAGAACAUGGCAGCUGCAAAGAUGAAUGCGGCCGCCCAUUUGGGUGGUGGGCAUAUAAAUGCCGGUGAGGUGAAAAAGGGGAAUGACAUCAAUGCCAUGUUAGCAGGGCUAAAUGGCCAUGGUUCUGGUGUUGGCCUUGGAGGUAAUAAUGGAUUAGGGUUUCAAACCCAGAUGAACAAUGGCUUCCAAGGAUCUUCUGCUGGAUUCCCAGCUGGUGGGUUUGCAACAGGUGGGCACCAUCCAUCAGCCAUGAUGAACAACUUGCAGGGUUACCAGUUCAAUCAUCCACCAUCAUCAGCUGUGAACUUGCAGAACAGGAAUAACAUCAAUUUGAUGAUGAAUGAUGCAAGGUAUAUGCAGCCCCAGAUGAUGUACAACAGGUCUCCUGCCAUCCUUCCCACCACUGGCUAUUACUACAACUACCAGAACCCUUAUCCUUGUCACCCUUACACUUACCCAAGCCCCCAGCCAGACAACAGUGGUUCUUCUCACUCUGCAACUCAUAUGUUUAAUGAUGAACACACAAACAGCUGUGUUAUUAUGUAAAGAAAAUGCGGUCCAUUUGAGAGAGAGAUAGAGAGAGAGA